AUGGCGCUGGGCCUUCCGUUUGCUUUGCUUGCAGCCACAAUAGCUGUGUGCAGCUCUACCGGUCCUCCAACACCGUUUACAAGAGGUGACUACUAUCCAGCUGUAGCCGAACCGGACGCCAGCGGUGCUCUGCGCGACAUAAUUCGCUACAAUUCUCGAAGAUAUCACAGCACGCUGAUCGUCAACAACAGCACGGAUAUCGAAUUUGCCAAAGGCACCACUGCCGAUGUCAUGACUCCCAGGACGCGUCAAAAGUUGGACGCACUUUCCGCCAAGGUGACAUCUCGCUGGUCCAACCUCGUACUCAAAGUUCUAAACGGUUGGACGGACAAAUGGGUUGCAAGCGAUCCAAAAUCGCUUCACUACGAAGGUCGAGCUGCUGAUUUUAUUACGUCCGACGAUGAUCUUAGCAAACUAGGAGAACUCGCUGGUCUUGCGGUAGAGGCGGGAUUCGAUUGGGUGAAGUAUCCUAGUGUAGGAGAUUACAUACACGGCAGCGUGUUGUCUGAAGUGUGCCAGACUGCAGUUGACUUGCUUUUUAUUUUGGAUGGCUCUGGGAGUGUGAGUAAGAGUGAUUUCGAAAAAGCCAAAGAAUUUGUCAAAAAAGUCAUUGAUUUCUUUGAUGUUGGAAAGAAUGCCACUCGCAUUGCUGCCAUUCAAUAUUCUAGCUCUGUGACUCCACAGUUUGAACUCGAUGAUUUCUACACAAUGAGUGGUCUGAAAUCAGCAGUUGAUAGUAUAGAUCACAAAGGAGGAUCCACAAACAGUGGUGCAGCAUUAACAUUUGCUAGGACAACCAUUUUUCAGGAACAGAAUGGUGCCCGACCUUCCAAACAAGGAAUACCAAGAAUAGUUGUGUUUAUGACAGAUGGGCGUUCUAAUCGUGGUGAUUUACAACAGCCUUCAAUUUUGCUCAAGCAGACAAACGUCAAUGUGUUUUCUAUUGGAAUUGGAAGCAAUAUUAGAGUUAGUGAGCUGGAGAUGAUAGCAUCAGAACCACCUGAUCAACACGUUUUCUUACUUGAUUCAUUUGAUGAUGUUGCAGGCUUUGUUGAUCGUAUGAGUGCUGUUUCGUGUGAUGAGCCAGCAGUUGUCAACCCUGGUGACAAUACGACUACUGAUGUUGAGUUGGAUGAUUUCAAAUAUUUCAAAGCGGAGUGUACAGCAUUUGGAAGCAAUGUAACAAUUGAGCAGCAUGACUUAGUUGGUCAUGUCUUUGUUUACGCAUCCAUAGAAGUUCAGAAUCCGAGCCCACUUGAUCCUCCAAGCAUGGUAUAUAGGAAUGAGACCAAUGCUGUCAUCAAGACAAUUACUGUUCUUCUCCCCAGUAACAGCAGUACUAAGUUAGUCUAUGUGAGUAUUCAAGGAAAAAAUCUCACGAAUGUCUUCUCACUGUAUAUCUAUGACACUUUGUUUGAACACAUAAAUUAUGAUGCUUCUGUGAUCGAAAAUGUCCCGUCAGGCACAUUAGUUUUCCAAGUACAAGCAGACUUUCGAAGUGGUUUUGACUUUACGUAUGAAAUCACUGAAGGAAAUGUUGACAAUGCUUUUACCAUUGAUCCUUACUCUGGGGAGAUAACAACAAACCGUCCCUUAAAUUAUGAAGUAAGAGAGACGUACACCCUCUCCAUUCGAGCACAAGACAUGCGGCUACUGUGUCACCGUGGGAAAACACAAGUGACAGUAAGAGUUCGCAAAGUUACUGUUGUUGAAGAUGUAUCACCGGGCCAUCUUGUUGCUCAAAUCAAUCUUAACAAAGGGGUAAAUGCUAGCAUUCAUUAUUCCAUUUCAACUACUACAGCACCCUUUAAGAUCAAUCAAGUUACUGGUGAACUGACAACAACUGGAAAUCUGGAUAGAGAACAAGAAGACAACUAUAAAAUUAUUGUCAUUGGCCAAGAUGGAAAGGGUCUAACAGCCAUUGUUAACGUGUCAAUAACUGUUCUUGAUGUGAAUGACAAUAGUCCGACAUUUAGUCGUCCUCAGUAUUCUGGCAUAUUUGACCCCACUCUGUCAAAUGACGUGACGACAGUAAUGGCAACAGAUCCUGACCUGAAUGAAAAUGGAACAGUUCGAUAUCAAGUAGAUAUGUCAACUCAUGCACGUAACAGCAGUCACAACUAUACAGUAAUCAUCGCUGGUCAUGAUCUUGGCACACCAAGAAGAUCUCAAAAUGUUGAUGUCUUUAUUGACAACAGGUCUCCUUGUCCACUUCUACAGUUCUCAGUCGAUGCCAUUUCAGGAGUUGUGACUGCCGACACUACUUGCAGUGCUCCUGUAAUAAUCCAGGGACCAAAGAAUAUCACAGUUGAAGUGCGUCAAACUGUGUAUCUCGUCUGUCUAGUUGAUGGGCGACCAACUCCAAGAAUAUCCUGGUUCUUCAAUAAUGAUACCAUGGUUCCAGAUGAUUUUGUUCAAGAUCCUUCAAAUUUUACUAUCACAGAAGUAGCACCUUUGCAUUUGGGAUUUUAUCAUUGUGAAGCAGUGAAUGAAGUCGGACAAGCUAGAUCUCAGUCUGCAUUUGUUCAAGUUUAUGAACCCGGUGACCUCAUUGGUAUAAUAAUAUCUGUCGAAGAACCUGAUGACAAUCUUCCUUGUCACAUGUUCAGCCAGAAUGAAUUUGAAUCUGCUCUACAGAUUGUAGUCGGUGCGGAUAUAGUAACUACUGCACCUGAUGAUAAUGUUUGUCCUCAGUCUCCAUGCUUCCCCAAUCCAUGUAACAACGAAGGAAGCUGUACAGAAAUUGAAAAUACUUUUACAUGCCGCUGCAAACCAGGCUGGACAAGCUCACGAUGCAAUGUUGACAUCAAUGAAUGUGAUCGUGCUCCAUGUGUCAACGGUGGAACAUGCUCAAACACUCCACAAGGUUCCUUCACCUGUAUAUGCCCAGAUGGAUACGAAGGCCAUCAAUGCGAUCUUGUAACGGAUGUUUGUGCUAACAAUUCUUGUAGUGAGAAUGAACAAUGUGUGUCAGAUCAAGGUGGCUAUCAGUGUGUUUCUAACGAUGAUGGGGUAGUUGUUGAGAUCAAUGUUGAUGGCGAUGAGCCACAAUUUAUAAUUGAAGAAGACAUAGAAUUUCAACUAGGAUUAACAGGGUCACGAAAACGAAGGGCUGUGGGUGCUGCACUUGACACACAUGCAUGUCGAGUUCGAGUGCUUAGUCAGAAGCAGUUAACUGAGAGCACUGCACAAGUGCAGUUCUUUGUGCUGUGUCCCAAUGGUGACAAUGUGUCAGUGAAUGCAGACAGUUUGUAUUGUGACAAUUUGGUUCAAUCUGGACUGUAUGAUAACUGUCAAGCUGGAAAUGAUGGAAAAGUAUUCAACAAGCUAAUUCUAGAUCCAAGUGUCUCAAUUCAAUUAUUCAUAGCUGAUCAAACAGGAAAACCAUUACCUGCUGCAGAAGCCUUGGCUCUUGUUGAGACGAAAAAUGCUAUUGCCAUAAUGGCAGAAAAAUAUGGUUACAAUAUCUCAAGCAUUAGCGCAGUUUCCCCUGUAACACUAGAAGCAUCCAGUAGCUUGAGUGGUGGUGCUGUUGCUGGUAUUGUUAUAUCUGUACUGAUUAUCACUGCUAUUGGAAUUGCAGCUGCUGUAUGGUUAAAAAUGAGGUUUUACAAAUCUGAAGAUUUGAAGACAGCACGUGGACAUAGUAGCAAUUCUGAUCCGGUAUAUGAAGAUGCAGAGUCAGGAAAUGUACAGACAAUUAAAAGACAAGAAAGAUGUCAAGAAUCUCCUGAAAACACAGUUGCCAUAGAAAAUGUGUAUGCCAAUCAAUCACCAGUGAAAUCAAACAGUCUCCGUGUUCCCAAACAUCCGAUACGCGUGUCCCAGGAGCAAUUGAUGCCAGGAAUAAACACAUCACAGAUACCUUCUGCUCAGUAUACAGGAAUGGGAGAUCUAGUCCUUUUUAAUCCAACAUAUGGCCUUACUGAUGAAUCUCAGGCUUGGUUCCAUGGUGAUAUAAGCAGACAAGAAGCUGAGACUCGUUUGACUGCUUGUGGAGAUGAUGGUGCUUUCCUUGUUCGAGUCAGCUCUAAGUCAGGUGGUUAUUCACUAAGUAUCAACACCCCACAACUAUCCAAGCCUUUCCGACAUGUCUUGAUAAACAAAACCGAUGAUGGGACUUUCAGAGUUGACCUGACAGAUAGCAGCAACAUAGUCUACAACACAAUUGGUGACAUCAUGAAUCACUAUACACAAAAUGUGAUAAAAUUUGGAAAUGAAAGCGUGUACCUCACAACUCCAGUCUCAAGACUAGCUUAGAUGCAGUACACUGCUAUUUUGGUGCAGUACACGUACUUGGAAUUGCACUGUUGUACGUAUGGAAACUCUAAAGUAAUAGUCACAAUGGCAUUGGAUGCCUUCUGUUUUGACUAGUUUUGGAACUGUGAUGCCCUGGUUUUAGCUGUUGUCUGUAUUAAUACUAUUGGGUAGAACUAUGUAAUCAGUACAAGUUUAGUUAUCCUUGUGCA